AAAACCAACGGCGCUGUGAAAGCGAGAACAACCAAACCAAAUCUGUGCACCCGGCUACAGGAAAAUCAGACCCGACAAUCCAGAACUGUGAUCCUACCGAUUAUUUAUUUCGAAUCCAAUCUCUGGGAGAGAAACUGCGUUUAUUUUUUUUUUGCUGGGGGACUUUUGAAAUCGAAGGAAAGUUUUUGCAAUAGAAAAGUUUUUGUUUGCAACUGAAAAGUUGAGAGACGGCAGCUGCAGAGUUCUGGGGAUUGUGGAUCUGUUGAAGAUGUUCUGCCUGGUUCUGCUGCCGGUACUGGCGGUUCUCAGCCCCGCUGGGGCUACACCGGGAGCUCCGGAGGAGAGCCUGGUCUACCCGCGGCGGGUGAGCGGCGGGGCGCAGACAGAUGGAGCCCCGGAGUUGGGCGAGAAGGUCUCCUACUGGCUCCGAGCCUUCGGGCAGAAGUUCACCUUGGAGCUGACGGCGGACCGGAGCUUCCUGGCGCCCGGCCUCACCCUCCAGAGACUGGGCAGGGCCGAGAAGAAGGAAGAGGAGGAGGAGGAGGGAGGAGAAGACACCGCCGACCUGAGUCACUGCUUCUACACCGGCACGGUCAACUCGCUGCCCGGCUCCGUAGCAGCCCUCAGUCUCUGCCGCGGUCUCCUGGGCGCCUUCGUGGUCUCCGGACACCAGUACCACAUCCAACCCAGCAACCGGAGCACCCUUGGGCGCACGGGGGAGCACCUGCUCCGGAGGACGACCCUGGGACCCUCCGCCGGCUCCAAGUGCGGGGUCAGUGAUGGGAAGGCAGCCCCGGACAGCGGCGAGUCCCAGCGGCCGGGACCGGAGGGAGACCCCGCCCCACCAGCGGCGGCCGGGCAUCGCCGAGCCAAGAGAUUCAUCUCGUCCCCUCGCUAUGUGGAGACCUUGCUGGUGGCGGACGCGUCCAUGGCGGAGUUCCACGGCGCCGGCCUCAAGCACUACCUCCUGACCCUGAUGUCGGUGGCCGCCAAGCUGUACAAGCAUCCCAGCAUCAAGAACUCUGUCAACCUGGUGGUGGUGAAGAUCCUGGUGGUCUACGAGAAAGAGAAAGGUCCCGAGGUCUCCCCCAACGCUGCCCUGACCCUGAGGAACUUCUGCAGCUGGCAAAGGCAACACAACAUCCCCAGUGACCGCCACCCCGAGCACUUCGACACCGCAAUCCUCUUCACCAGAACCGAUCUGUGUGGAGCCCAGACGUGCGAUACGCUGGGGAUGGCCGAUGUUGGAACGAUCUGUGAUCCCGGCAGAAGCUGCUCGGUCAUUGAAGAUGACGGCCUGCAAGCUUCCUUCACUGCGGCGCAUGAAUUGGGUCACGUGUUCAACAUGCCCCACGAUGACGCACGUCAGUGUCUCCACACUGUUCGUCAGACUAGGAAUUCCCACAUGAUGGCAUCCACUCUCUCCAACUUGGAUCGGAACCAACCCUGGUCUGUCUGCAGUGCUUACAUGAUUACUUCCUUCUUGGACAAUGGGCACGGAGAGUGCCUGCUGGACAAGCCCCAGAAGCCCCUCCAGCUUCCCCGGGGGUUGCCAGGGACCACCUAUGACGCAGAUCGUCAGUGCCAGUUGACCUUUGGAGAGGACUCCAGGCUGUGUCCAGAUGCUGGGAACACUUGCUCGCUGCUCUGGUGCACAGGCAUGUCUGGUGGGAUGCUCAUCUGCCAAACCAAGCACUUCCCCUGGGCUGACGGGACCAGGUGCGGAGAAGGGAAGUGGUGUAUCGAGGGGAAAUGCGUCAACCAGUCAAGCGUGAAGGACUAUAAUACUCCAGUGCACGGGGGCUGGGGCGUGUGGGGUUCCUGGGGUGAAUGUUCACGCACGUGUGGCGGAGGGGUGCAGUACUCGUUCAGGCACUGCGAGAAUCCUGUCCCGAGGAACGGUGGGAAGUAUUGCGAGGGGAAGAGGGUGCAGUACAGAUCCUGCAACACCAUGGACUGCCCGUAUAAUAACGGCAAAACAUUCCGUGAAGAGCAGUGUGAGGCACACAAUGACUUCUCGAAGUCCACUGCCUUCGGGGGAAUGCCCGCUGUCGAAUGGAUCCCAAAAUAUGCUGGCGUCUCUCCCAAGGAUCGGUGCAAGCUCAUUUGCCGAGCAAAGGGCACAGGAUACUACUUUGUGCUUCAGCCCAAGGUCGCUGAUGGCACUCCAUGUAGCCCAGACACCACCUCCGUCUGCGUCCAAGGACAGUGCGUCAAGGCUGGUUGUGACAGAGUCAUCGGUUCCAACAAGAAGUUUGACAAGUGCGGUGUGUGCAAAGGCAAAGGUUUAACUUGCAAGAAGAUCACUGGCUCGCUUGACCGUUCAAAACCUGGAUACCAAGAAGUUGUCACCGUCCCCGCAGGAGCAACCAACAUAGACAUUAAGCAGCGUAGUCUUCGAGGUGCAAGGCACGAUGGGAGCUAUCUGGCACUGAAGAAUCUUGAUGGCACCUAUCUCCUGAAUGGAGACUACACUUUGUCCACCCUGGAGCAGGACAUUUCAUACCAUGGCACCAACUUGAGAUACACCGGCUCCUCUGUGUCAUUAGAAAGAAUUCGCAGCUUUGGUGCCCUCAAGGAGCCCUUGGUUGUCGAGGUACUCUCAGUGGGGGACUCGCUGCGCCCACGGAUCAAAUUUACAUUCUUUGUGAAGAAAAACUUGCAGCAGCUCCCGACUAAGUCCAACCCCAAGAAGCUGUCUUUCAAUGCCAUCAAAGAGACAGUGACCUCGGAGUGGGUGAUCGGAGAAUGGGGGGAGUGUUCCAAGACCUGUGGGCUAGGAUUGCAGCGCCGGUCGGUGGAGUGCACGGACAACUACGGGAUGCCAGCCAGCGACUGCAUGAAAGAGCUGAAGCCCGAUGACCUGCGGCUGUGCGCAGAUGUGCCCUGUCCGAGGUGGCUGUUGGGCGAGUGGUCGGCCUGCUCCAAGACAUGUGGGAAGGGCUUCAGGAAAAGGUCUCUGAAGUGCGUCAUGCGUGACGGGCAGGUACGUCCACUCGAAAGCUGCAACGCUUCGAAGAAGCCAAAACACUUGAUCGGCCUCUGCACCGUACGGGCUUGUACUUAAGGAACCAAUAUCAGUGGAGAGACAAUUCAGAUAAGAUUUAUGUUAAACAUAAAUGCACUGAAAGGGUGUCCCAAUCCAUUGUCAUGUGACAAAACAUGAUAGUCAUCCAACCCAUAUUUCCCUUUGACAAUGAAUGUUUGAUUUAGUCAUAACAGACCGGUAGGUAGAUAAUAUUUUGGGGAGGGGUGGGGGUAGAUUGAGGAACUCAAUGCUAGCAUUGUUUAUCUCUCAUGUCAAGUAGUCUCAUUAGUAUUUGGAUAUAUUUCACUGUUGACAGUGAAAUCAGAGGUUUGUAAUCGCUCUUAGGUAAGCAUGUAAUUCCCCAAUUCAUAAGUAUCACCUUUUGUUACAAGAAAACCCAAGAUCUUUUCCUCUGGAAUGUUACUCUGUGAGGGAAAUGGUCCCUAGAAAUCACAACUGACCUUGUGUUUUAGGUUUAUUUCUAAAUAUUCCUGUUCAGAGUGCUAUUGAGGGUUGAAUCCUUACACCACUGGGCAUUGUACUUGGUGUUCAUUCACUCCGCUAGCGAAUAAUACCUAAUAUUGCCGUUGGUACUAAUUAAUUAAGUAGAUAUCGGUUGAUUGUUCUGCCAUCAAUUGGCAGCUAAAGAAGUCGGGUUGUCGCUGAUUCUUUGUGCCCUUUGACCUGUGUCCUGCUGUCUUUCAGACUGGGUGAUUCUACAUUGUGUUCCCAGGCCAUGUGGGGAAGGAGUCACUGUAGCCCAGAUUCUGGUUUGGGAUUGUAGGAUUAAGGAAUCGAUUGUACCCAGAUUCAGUUUGACUUGGCUGUGGUGUGGCCAAUUCCUGGCUUUGUUCCUCGUGUGAACAAGAGUAGGCAGCUUUAUGGGGUGGAAUACGGAAAGGUAAAAGGGUGGGUAUAAAACCUUGUUGGGGGGGGGGGGGGGGGGGAGAGUUUAAAGUAAGGAAAAUCUGAUUAGUUUCAUUCACGUGCUGAAACGUAGGCAGGGCACUGGUUAGGGCUCCGCAUUUGUUCUUGUGUUCUAGGCUGGGGUUGAAUGAGUCUGAAUCCUCACUGCUGCCCAUUGUUGGGAGUGAGAGGACAGGAUGCCAUGUGCCAUCCUGACUUGGAAACAUAAUACUGUUCCCUCAUUGUCGUUGGGUCGAAAUCCUUCCCUAACAGCACUGUGGAUGGACCGCAGCGGGUCAAGAAGACAGCUCACCACCACCACCUCUGGGGCAAUCAGGGAUUGGUAAUAAAAGGCUGGCAAGCUCAGAUAGAACGAAGAAUGGAGAGCAAGAUCCAACCUAAUGUGGAUCAGUCCCUUCAGGAAGGGGUGAAAUUGGAUUGGAAGUGGGGGAAAUUCUCUUAUUGAUAACCUUGCUGCAAGAUUUUGUCCAACAACAUCCUAAGCUCCUGGCACGUAGCCUGGUACUGAUCAUCCUCUUGGCUUGUGACCACGUCAGUCCCCACCUACCUCAGAAAUGAAGGGUGAGAUUUAUGAAAUAAAACAGCUUAAACUAUGCUAUACACAGGCUGCUAUUAUUACAACGCUACCAAUUUGAAAUCCGCAGAGUUACAUGAAGAAUGUAAAUAUUAAACUAGCACCAAGACCAGCAAGGUGUACUUUAUAAGUAAAAGUAUUUAAAUUCCUUCUGUGAAGGAUUUACCAUUUUGUACAGAUUUCAAAAACUUAUUUAUUUUUUUAAAGCUUUGUAUAAUAUAAUCUUUAAGUUAUCGCUUUUUUUAAAAAAAAAGAAACAAAGGACAUUUAACAAGAAUAGACUAUUUAUACAGUAUAAUGUGUCAACAGGAGGUAAUAAAAGUGAGUGACAUAA